AUGACAAAGAAAAAGAAGGGUGGGAAGACCCACGAUGCGUUACUAAAUCAAAACGGUUUUGAACAUACUGACCAUGAUAACGAUCUUUCCAACCAUAAUGGCGUGGAACAAAAGAUCAAUGAUGAUAAUAUAAAAAAGUGGAAGAACAUGAGUGUUCGAGCAUUCUGGACUUUCAUCAUGAUUGGUGGUUUUUUCAUUUGUUUGGCUUUGGGACAUUCAAUGGUCGUUAUUCUUGUGGUGAUCAUUCAAACAUUGGUAUUUAAAGAAGUCAUCGCUCUAACACAUGUACCGA